GUUGACAACCUUCUAGCCCCAUAUGUUAUCUACUAAUUCUUAGAUGAUGCUGGUUCUCUCCUGGCGACUGUUAUGAAUUCACAUGCACAUGUCCAACCUGCAUACUGGUACCAGCCAUGGAUAGCGUGAAUGUCUCCGACUUGGUCGCGCGGCUGGGCUCAGAGGAGGAGUCGGUGCGCAAAAUGGCCGUCUUCAAGCUGCAGAGUGCCAUUGGGGACCCCUCGUUUGCGGAUGUCUUCAUAUAUGAGGGGGGGCUGCCCAAGCUGCGCUUCCUCGCGCUGCAUUCCACCGGAAACACGCUGGCGUACUGUCUCACGUCGCUGGCGCGUCUACUCGAACUCGACAAGGGAUGGGACCAUGUGACGGACGACUUGGUCGUACGGAUAGUCGACCUCGUGGUCGCGCAACCGCUCGUCAAUGUCAACCGCGGCGCCAUGUCAGUCCUGGCAGCCAUUGUCGGCCACCCCUCGCACCGCAGCUCCCAGCCAAGCGUCACUGGCUUCCAGCGAUUAAGACCCGCAGUCGACACCCAGCCGCAGUUCCUCCCCGCGCUCGUCGAGAAGAUCACCUCGGCCGACCAUGCCUUGUGCGCAAACUCCCUCCAGCUGAUCAACGCCUUGAUGCGUGAUGCGAUAGCCAACCAUGUCGAUUUCGAGGCGCCCAAAUUCAUGAAACAGCUGCAGGAGCUGGGCGUGAUAAAAAGCGUAUACGGGCUCAUGCAGAGCUCCGCCGUACAGGAUCUCGCACAUCCACUGCUCGAAUUCCAGUCGUUGACAAAGAUCUUGCUCAGAAACUGGAGGGACGAGAAGGUUGAUCUGGAGAAGCCGGAUCACGACAGGGCAGUCCGUGGUCUGCACACAGCAAGCAAUCCUACCAAGUCAGGGGCAGACCCCACAGGCAGCAAGAAACAGCUCCCAGUGGAAUGGCGGCGCUUGGGCUUCGACACGGAGUCGCCGGCUCAGGAAUUCGAGGUGACCGGAUUCUUGGGUCUCAUGGAUCUCACGGACUUUGUCUUCAAGAACGAAGACGGGUUCCAGAAGCUGCUUCUGGAACAAGAAUCAGAGCCGCUCGAGCAGCGUUGUCCGAUCGCUCGGGCCAGUCUCUCCAUGACCUCAAUCCUCUACGAGCACUUCGAUGUUGACACGAUAGACGACACAGACUCACACAGACAUGCUGCGCUUGAUUCUCGGGCUGGCUUUGAAAGAGCAUUCAAACCGCUGCUACUCCAUUGGUCAAGACUGCACACAAGCGGACUCAAUGCCUUCAUUCGGCUGUGGAAAACUGCAGGAGCCCAGUUAGAAGAUUUCGAGAAAAUGGAGGAGCUGGUUCGUAUAUUAAUUGAGCAGGCUGUGGGUCAAGCCCCACGCACGAGGGAGGUGCAAGACGUCGAAGAAGAGUUGGCAGAAUUCGACCUGAAACGACUGAGAGAGCUUCAGAUGGAAUUGCUUGAACUCACGUAUGAAGAUGUGUGGGGACACCAUUUGCGGCAAUCUCGUGACGAGCUCAAUCACGAGGCUCUUCAGUUCAUCAAAGAACAACGUAUCAGAUGUUUGCUCCAGGGUGCAUGGUUUCCAAUUGGGGUCAACCAGGCUCCGGAUUUGGGGCCGGUGACCAGCAAGACCCUUAAUCGUGGUGUGCCUUCAGCGUGGCGCUUUGUGCGACUGUCACACAACCGGCGAUAUCUGCACUAUGCUGACUUCAGCGAGAAGACGGCUGCGGACCCAAGAUUGGACGCCUUACACGAGAAGAUCGAUUUGUCCAUUGUGUCCUCCGUUGUGAGCAAUGUCUCGGCUUCCGCCCCAUCGACAUCGUCGUCUGAAAAUACCGUCACGAAAUUGCUCGGUCAUGAGCAGGCGUCUACUUCGACAAAGAUCACAAUCCACGGCUAUCUAACUCCCACCAGUAACUCGCACUCACGACAGACAUCUGGAGGCUCAGGUGCAGGACGAAAAGAGUCGGUCCUCUUACAACUGCAUCCUCAGAGCCAUACUCUUGCAUCGGAAUGGCUUGAUGGGCUGCUUAUGCUACUCAAUCAACAACCAAUCACUGCAGACACGAACAAAUUGGUUGAUUUCAUCGGCGGCUACGGACUCAAGAUUCGGCUCCUCAAUGUGCGUUUUGAAGAUGUUGGAUUGGAAGAGCCUGUUCUUCCCAGCCGUGAAACUUUGGACGAUGAAUACUAUUACGACAUCGCCGGGGCUUGAGACUACCUGGAUGUAGUUUCCCACUUGGGGCAAACCGCUAGCCCUCGCGUUGAUCUUGUAGCCAGGCGGAUUAGGUUUACGCAGCUGCUGGAUGUCACCCUAACGGGCGAUCGGAAACCUACGUCGUGACACAGCCCCACGUACCCAAACAUUGAGCUGCCUUGCCAAGACGUUGGUAUCUUGGUAGACGAGGAUUUUGAGGUCAAUUUUGGCUUUUGGGGGCCUACGACAAGGGCUGGUGUGGGAAGAGGCUGUGUGUUGGGUGGUGAAUUUUUUUUAAGAUACCCUUGUUUCAACAAUCGCGAUAGAAAAU